GUAUCAUUGAACGAUAUAUAAGUAGUUCGUCGCGUAUUUAUACCAUUAAAAACUGACUGUGUACACUAAGCUAUAAAAUAUAAUAUUUAAACGUUUACGUUUGUUUCGUCACAUCAACGCCUAUGAAUGGAGACAAAAUGUAAGAUUGUUCUAUAUUUCCACGUACUACAUCUAAUAGUAAUGGUUAAAACAUGUGAAAUAUAUGUUUGUGAAUGCGUACCAGUAUGCAAUAAUAUAAAUCGGGAAUAUUUCAUCUGUACUUCGGAAAAUAUGUUCAUGUAGGAUAUUACUUUGGCGUUUAUUGUUAGUAUACCUAUAAUUCUUAUAAAUCAAGGAUGUGCUUGAAAAAUAUGCGAAAAUGGGUUAUUCGCUUCCAGUAAUAUCUCACAAGAAUAUGGCGGGCGAUGAAUGGGCUGCACGUCAAACAAACGAUAUUACCAUACUCUUGGUGGGACAGACCGGACAUGGAAAAAGCGCUACCGGAAACAGCCUUCUUGGAAGGAAGGCUUUCGUAUCCAUGUUAUCGCCAGGAUCUGUCACAAGUUCGAUCGAACGAGCGGUCACUGUCCGGAAUGGGCGUCGGAUCGAAAUUGUAGAUAGUCCUGGAUUUGCUGAUACAUCCAAAGGAAAAGCGUUUGUAAGGAACAGUCUAACACAAGCUGUCUACCAGACGCUUCCUGGAUUUAACGCAAUUGUUUUCGUCUUGUAUCCAGAUAGGUUCACAGAUGAACUGGUAAAGACAGUAAAUCUUUUCUUUGAGUUUUUCGGAACAGGUGUUAGCAAAUUUGCUUUCAUAAUGUUCACGCACAUAAAAUCAGUAGAAAAAAUGAAUGAAUAUAUAGGCAAUGCUAGGGCAAACCCAACGGGUAACGUACAGGUUCUUUUAGAAUUAAUAGAAAGAUGUGAGAGUAGGGUUGUGUGCGUCGAUAAUGACAUGGAGCACGAAAAGAUUCAAUUCAUGGUCGAUGAUAUUAUUCGUUCAAUCGAUGCAAACACCGUUCGCUUAGGACAAGAAUAUUUCACGAACGCCAUGUUUGAAGACGCCAUCAAAUAUGCAGACGAUGUUCUUAAAAAUGUGAAGAUCAGCCAGAUUAAAAUGCAGCUAAGGGAAUCGAUUGAAAGACCAAAAACAGUGGAAGAAAAUAUUAAGUUAGCUGCGUCAGCUGAUACAGCUGAGAAUGUGAACGAGGCAAGUAUAGAUGAAAGCAAACAGCAAGUACGUCAACUUUGCCAAAGAUUUGAAUCAAACGCAUCAGACCUUAGACAGUUAAGUCGAGAACGCAUCAACACUAUGCCUUGCAAAAGUACCAGAGAUUUGAGACAAGUCGACGAUAAAACACAGCCAAUUAUUUACCGUAGAAAGUCAGUUGCUACAUCGUCAGAAGAUGAUACCUCGCUUCUUCGAAAAGGGUCUGAAUUUGACAGUAGAUUUACACAUAAACGAAGAUUUGCAGGAGUUUUUGAUCACAUUCUGGAUACGAACCUACACGGUUCCUUGAACCCUGACAGUGAAUGCGAAGAAGUCGUAUAUGCAAGUGACGUUGAACCGAAUGAUCAUGGACUACUUGAAGUUCCUGGCCGGAAAUACGACAUAUUUAAGGAUGAACUCAAGAGAGAUAAUAGGUCAUUUGACCGAGCAUUUACAGCCCUUGCAAACUGGUUUGAUAGGCGAAUUAAAAAAAUAUCAAACUUAUUUUAACAUUCCCUCGAUUAUUGAAGCUUUUUUUCUUUUAACGAUGGAUAUAAUGUGCUUUUAUUCACAAACCAAACAAUCAGAACUAGCAUUUAAAGAGUGUUUUUUAAUUUCACACGUUUCAUACAAAAUGAACAAAUUUUCUAAACAUCCCCUCGUUGAAAUUUAAAAUAUUACAAAAAUAUGAGAGGCAAAAAUACAAUCCAGAAAACAUAAGCUACAAUUUAGAAUGGUCUUAAAUACUGUAUAGAACAAUGUGUCUAUCAAGCGGAACGAGUAAUGGUAUCAUGGUAAAUAUGAAGCUUGAGAUAACAAAAUAAAAUAAUUUAUCGAAACUUUUAUCUCCUUUCGCAACAGUCGAAGCUCUGCGUCUUGCUCUCAUUUAAGUUAUAUAUCUUCGGAUGAACGAAGUAUAAUUUAACCAAUAACUGCAGAACAGUUUGGCAAAAUUUAAGUUAAUACAAUAAGGUUCUGACGUUAGUUGACGGAAGCAUGCCAAAAGUCGGUUUGCUGGGCCGAGUGUGAGGUUAAGCGCUCUAAAACCAGUUUUUAACGCCCAGUGCUUUGCAUUGACCGUUCUAAGGCGGUGACCCCAACUUUAUUCUACUAUGUGUGUAUGGUGUUUCGUAUUGUUCCGUACUGUUUUGGUUUCACUUCUUUUUUUUCCUAUAUCAAAAAACGUCAGUGAUUGGUGUUAUGUCACAAACUGCUUUAGAUUUUGCACAUUAUAUGAAGCGAAGGUUAUAUCCUGCAGUGUUAUCUUCAUAGAAACAUUCAUCAAUACGAUAAAUAUACCGUGAUCUCAUUACUGUACAUUUAAAUCACAAGCAAACUAAUAAAAACGUAUCUCGUCAAUGCAUUUACAUAAGUGUGCGUUUCUGAUUUCCUGAUAUCCGUCUUAUAUCAUUUGUUAAGCCUGAUUGACUUGUUUGAGGUAUAUAUAUAAUAGUCCUGGAAAUAUUUGGAAUUUACUACCAAACAUGUGUACUCAAAAUUGUGUUUAAUAUAUUUAUUAAUUAAUUACCUAGUUUAUUAAUUUGUAUUUUUGGUAUAUUCGCCAAGGUUAAAUAAAAAAUAAUAAUCUAUGUUAAUUGUUUAUUUAAAUUGAACAUAACUGUUGACAUCCUUUUAACGCAAAAUAUUUCACAUGUAUGAAAAUGAAAAAAAAAUUAUGUUUUGAAGGAACAUCAACGUUUACGGCUGCUAAAUGCUAUACUUAUUCUUUAAAUGUUAUACUAAGUCCUUUUUAAACCUUAAGUAAUUUAAGAUUUUCAAGAGAGAUUAUGUAUAACAAUAAGGGCAGUGUAUUUGAUCAUCGCAAUUCAGCCUGUUUCAUUUAAAAAGCAUACAUUUUAAUGUAUGCUAUCGGGAAACGAAAUAUGUAUGAUUUCCCUGGUUUUGCAUGAAAAUUAAAUCAAUAGAGAAGUACAGUGAAAAAACUAUUAGUGUAAGUCUUCGCAUUAAUAAUUUUAUUGUGAACCAUUUAAUGUCUCAAUUAAAAACUAUACAUAUCAAUUGUUUACGCAUUGUGUAAAUUUAAACCUUUGAAAUACUUUGAUAUUUUUAAAGCUACUAAUUGUAUCUAGUUCAAUCGUAAUCAUGGUUAUUUGUUAUUCCCAUAAAGGUUGAUGUUUUAAACUUCGAACGUUUGACUGUUUCCUUAACCGAAUAUUACAUUGCUUCAAUUUUGUAAUAAUAGUUGUUUAUCAACCCAAAAAUGUUCAUUAAAAGUUGUUAAUAGAGUUUCGUUAAUUUUAUUUUUCUAAAAUCGGCUCUUAAAUGUUAAUAUUUUAAUCAUAGUUAGAAUGAUUCGUUCAGUUUGAUGUUGCAAAUUAAACAGUAAUUGUGGUUUUAUCAAACAUUUGUGAAGUUAUCCCAUUGUGUUUUUUUUGUACGUGCGUGUUAACUAUAUUAUUGUAAGUUACAUAAUUAUUUUAGAUUCCCAUGUUAUGCAAAAAAUAAAUUCAACUGGAAUUUAGUACGUUAUUUGUUCAUUAUUAUGUUUAUAUAUCAUAUUUUUAACAUGCAGUCUUUGUUGAUCGAUUAUUGUGUAAACUAUUUUGAAACGAUUUUUAAUGAACAUAAACAAACAAUUUCUGUCACAAUCUUUGGGAAACACUUUUUUCGGAAAUAAAUUAACUUGAUAAACGAAAAAAUUGUAACUUGUGUGAGAACAUGUAUCAAUUUAAGGCAACAUAUUAAAGGGUAUAUAAUACCGAAAUGAUAAGACAUGAUUCAAAACGUGUCAUCGAGCAUAAUAGAAAUGGUUGUUAACAUUUGGGAGCUUAAGAGCCCAUCUGGAAAUGCAAACAAAUACAGAUAUGUCAAAACCUUACCGGAAAUUUGUGUAUCCACAUUUUAAUACAAAACCACACGCUUGCUUGAAAAGUGAAGCUUACAAAUGACGUAUUACAAAUGAACCAUGUAGAAAAAAAACACAUGUAUAAAGACAGCUUAACACAUAAA